CACAAGUGGCUGAGGCAGUGGCGCCGUGAAGUGGCUUGCGCCUUGGUGAGUCCAGGGCCCUUGGCCUGGCCCGGACAGGGAGCCUGCUCUGAUGACUCCUUCCCCCCCAGGGCCAGACAGGCUCCACCAUCACCAAGAUGAGUGUCACCUCCUGGUUCCUGGUGAGCAGCAGUGGCACCCGCCACCGGCUACCACGAGAGCUCAUCUUCGUGGGGCGUGACGAGUGUGAGCUCAUGCUACAGUCCCGCAGUGUGGACAAGCAGCAUGCCGUCAUCAACUACGACCAGGACAGGGACGAGCACUGGGUGAAGGACCUUGGCAGCUUGAACGGGACGUUCGUGAACGAGACACGCAUCCCCGACCAGAAGUACGUCACGCUGAAGCUCAACGAUGUCAUUCGCUUCGGCUAUGAUUCCAACAUGUAUGUGCUGGAGCGCGUGCAGCACCGCGUCCCCGAGGAGGCACUCAGGCACGAGAAGUACACCAGCCAGCUGCAGGUGAGCGUGAAGGCUCCAGUGCCCAAGAGUGGCGAGGGGCUGCCAGAGCACACACCUUACUGCGAGUCCCCGAACCCCAGGCUGGAGCGGGGGGACCGGAAACCAGGAGCAGAGGCAGCAGCCUACCGCACACCCCUGUACGGGCAGCCCUCCUGGUGGGGUGAGGACGAUGGUGGCAUCCCGCCUGGGGACCGGUAUCAGGAGGGGCCAUACCCAGAGCGGCCCAAGGAGCUGGCACAGCAGGAUGGGGACCUCACCGGGUCGACGGCUGGCUUCCGGGACCCCAUCGAGCCUCAGGGCUACUCAUUCCGGCGGGAGCCCAGCUACUUCGAGAUCCCUACAAAGGAGGCCCCACAGCCACCACGGCCCCCUGAGGUGCCCACGCACGAGGUGCCCACCAAGGGCGGGGAGCCAGGCGGGGCCGGGGUGGCACCGGUGGUGCAGAGCCACGCUUCCUUCACUAUCGAGUUUGACGACUGCAGCCCGGGCCAGGUGAAGAUCAGGGACCACGUCACCAAGUUCUCCCUGCGCCGGCGGCGGCCACCCGGCAAGGCCACGCCGGUGGAGGCAGUCUCCGCGGAGACCAAAGUGGCGGACUGGCUGGUGCACAACGAUCCCAGCCUGCUGCCCCGGGCCGGCCUCGUCGAUGACCGUCACAGCACCAAGAGUGACCUGCCCAUCCACACCCGCACCCUGAAGGGCCACAAGCAUGAGGAUGGCACACAGAGCGACUCGGAGGACCCCAUGGCCAAGGCAGCCACAGCAGCCGGGGUCCCUGCGGACAAUGGGGAGCAGGUGCGGCUGCAGAGGCAGAUCAAGCGGGACCCCCAGGAGCUGCUGCACAACCAGCAGGCCUUCGUCAUCGAGUUCUUCGACGAGGACACACCCCGCAAGAAGCGUUCCCAGUCCUUCACCCAUACUCCCCCCGGGGACCCCAAGGCCGAUAAGCGCCGAGGCCCAGGGCUGGUCGACAGGGACCGCCCAGGUGCCCCAACCCCAGCCCCGGGCCCUGCUCGGGGGCCGGGCAGCUCGGGGCCACAGCGGGCCAGCUCGCUGAAGCGCGAGAAGACAGAGGAGCGGCUGGGUGCCCCCUCGGCCCCUGCCCGGGCCUCCGCCCGCCCCUUUGGCAGCGUGGGGCGUCGCUCCCGUCUGACCCAGGACUUCAUGGUCCAGUGCCUGCGGGAGGGCUCCCCGGCCGCCCGGCCCGGCCCUGAGAAGGCAGCCCCAGAGGCGCCCACCCCCUUGAUGCCCCAUGGGGCCAGUCCCGUGGCCCCCUCGACCCCACCACUACCCCCCGCUGACCCCCAGCUGACCAAGGCACGCAAACAGGAGGAGGAUGACAGCCUCAGUGACGCAGGGACCUACACCAUCGAGACAGAGACGCAGGACCAGGAGGUGGAGGAGGCCCGUAGGAUGAUUGACCAGGUGUUUGGCGUACUCGAGUCCCCUGAACUCUCCAGGGUGUCCUCGGCCAUUUUUCGCCCAGUCAUCAGAGGGGACAGAGACGAGUCUGGUGACGGGAUGACCCAGCGGAUGGCCCUGCUGCAGGAGUUCACGUCCCGGCCAGUGGGCGUGGCACCUCAGGGGGAGCUCCAGGGUCCCCCAGUGCCGGGCUCCCCUGGGGGUCAAAAGUGGGUGUCCCGCUGGGCCAGCCUGGCAGACAGCUACUCAGACCCGGGCCUGGCAGAGGAUGGCCCGGGGCGCACACCUGGGGAGCUUGAGGAGGCUCUGCCUGUGCGCCAUAGACGACUACUCCCGCAGCUACCCCGCGGCAGGACGGACAGCCCCGCCGGCCCCGAGGCCACCCGGAGGAGCGGGCCUGGGCCACCAGAGCCAGGCAGUGAGCCAGCCAGCCACCUCUUGGGCCAGGAGGACUUGGAACCAGACAGCCUCAGUGAUGCCAGCGGGUCAGAUGGGGGCCUGCAGGAGGAGAGACGCAGGAGCCCCCAGGAGAGACUGGUGUGGGCGAGGGGCCGGCGUUCACCAAGAGCCACCGCGGACCCUGCCCCCACCUCUUUCUUCAUCGGGGACCAGAACCUGGAGGCUGCCUUUCCCCAGAAAACGUCUGUGGUUCCAGGGGAUGUGGACGGCCCAGGGCAGGUGGCUCAGCCCAGCACUCCGGCGAGGGAUGGUGUGUACGUCAGCACCAGUGGGAGGGUGGUCAUCCAGCUGCAGACAGGGCGGUCCCCAGAGCCUGAGAGCCCCACCCCGGCCCAGGCCAAGGAGGCCCUGCCCUACAUCCGACAGGAGAGCUUCAUCAAGGAGCCGGCCAGUGGUCCCCCCGCACCUGGCCAGCUCCCGCAAAUCUCCAGUCACCCCCUCCUGCAGGACCUGGCUGCAGCCCGGGCCUCGCGCAUGGACCUCCACUCCGAGGACACCCAGCUGAUCUUGAAGGAGACAGAGACAGUUCUGGCAGCCUUGGGGGCCCGACUGCUCUCCAAGUCUGUGGCAGAGGCAGAGGGCGAGGUGGGUGGCACCCCUGGGCCGCCAGAGGACUCCCUGUCUGGGGGCUCUGACGUGGACACGGCCAGCACCAUCAGUCUGUUCAGUGGCAAGAAUGGGCCCAGCCCUACGAGCCCCCAACUCAUGGGGCUGCAGAAGGAGAAGCCGCCCUCCCCACCAGCUGCGCAGGACCUGGGGGGAGCUGCCCUCAGCUGUACCCAGGAACGGCUGUCACAGAAGCAGCACCUCCCAGUGAGCCCGGCGGACACUGGCCGUGGAGAGCUGGCACGGCGCUUGGCUGCACGGCGUGGCCAGGGAUCCCAGGGGAGCCUGGACUGGCCCGACGAGCGAGGCUCUGGCCUUGCCCACCCACCUGGCUCAGGCACAGUCACUUCCGACAAUGAGACCUCCACAGCCACUGGGGCGGGGCGGCUGGCGUCUCGCCGAAAACCUACUGCCCCACCGCCAUCCCCAUCUGUCCGGGAAGAGCAGAACCGAGUCUCGGCCAGCGCUCAGAAGGUGCAGCAGGCGCUAACCCGCUCCAACAGCCUGUCCACCCCACGGCCCACGCGGGCCUCCCGGCUGAGGCGGGCUCGACUGGGGGACACCUCGGACACAGAAGUGGUGGACGGUGAACGGGGGUCCCUGGCCAACCCUGAGCCGGUGGUGCGGCCGGCCGCCGAGCAGGCCAAGAAGUUGUCACGCCUGGACAUCCUGGCCAUGCCCCGGAAGCGGGCGGGCUCCUUCACGGGGCCCAGUGACUCAGACGCGGCCCCCACCCGUGCCAGCUUCUCUGGCCGCAGCGUCGAGGUGUACUGCGCAGGCCGCAAGCCCACUGUGGCCGAGGCUCGGGCCGCCGCCAGGAAGACCGCCAGUGCUACCACGGUUCCCCGCCAGCCCUUCAGCAGGGCGCGUCCAGGCAGUGCGCGAUACUCCUCACCCACUUCUGGAACCAAUUCACUCACCCGAGACACGCGUCGCCGGCAGCAGGGCUCAGAUUGCACGUCCACCUCCGAGGAAGAGUACGGCUCCCACCACAGCUCCCCCAAACACACACGCUCCCGUGCCUCAACAGCCACGCAGACCCCACGGCCUAGCAGCUCUGCCCGGGCCCGGCCACGGACCCCCGGCCUGCGUGACACAGACGACGAGGAAGAGGAGCCUGACCCCUACGGCUUUGUUGUGCAAACGGCCGAGAUCGCGGAGAUCGCCAGGUUGAGCCAGACGCUGGUGAAGGAUGUGGCCAUCCUUGCCCAGGAGAUCCACGACGUGGCCGGUGACGGUGACCCGCUGGGCUCACCAGGGCCCGCCCGCAGCCCCUCCCUCGGCAACGUGCCCAGCAUCCCCGCCUCCACCAUCUCGGCCCAUGAGGAGCUGGUGCAGCGUAUCCCUGAGGCCAGCCUCAACUUCCAGAAGGUGCCGCCCGGCUCCCUGAGCUCUCAGGACUUGGACCAGAACAUGAAUGAUUGCCGCGAGGAGCCCCUGGCCAACAAGACGCGGCCUCGGAACCGCGAGGAGGUGAUCUUCGAUAAUCUGAUGCUGAACCCCGUGUCCCAGCUGUCCCAUGCCAUCCGCGAGAACACAGAGCACCUCGCCGAGAAGAUGAAGAUCCUCUUUCAGAACACGGGGCGUGCAUGGGAGGACCUGGAAGCCAGGAUCAACGCCGAGAACGAGGUGCCCCUCCUAAAGACGUCCAACAAGGAAAUUAGUUCCAUUUUGAAAGAACUGAGACGUGUGCAGAAGCAGCUGGAAGUCAUCAAUGCUAUUGUGGACCCCAGCGGGAACCUGGACCUGCUGACCGGAAAUAGGGGCUCUGCGGGCUCGGCCCAGCUCGGGAAGGUGCGGCCGGCUGCCCAGAGCCCAUCUUCGCCCCCUUCGGCCCUGUCACUGAGGAGCUUCCCACAGAGGGCCAACUGUGGGUCCCCCAGCCUCCCAGACCCCUCCUUUCUCCCCGACUUCCUCCCAGACUCAGAGAGGUUCCUGAUCUAGGUGGUGGGGCCGGGGCGGCCUCCCUGUGUGCGAGUGAGCGAGCAUCUGGUGCCUCCUGCUCACCCCACCCACCGCCGCGGCUCCUCCCAGCUGUGGACGGUUCACCAGAGACCCCCACACGUGCCAUAACCCCAUGGGCAGGCGCCUCCAGCCCAGGCCCCCUCCCAGCUCCCAGCCAGCAUCCCAGCCAGGUGUCCAGCCCCGCCGGCCUCCUGGCCCCGUUGCUGUUGCGGCCACUGCCAAGGGCCAGCAUUGCGGGCGCAUCCCCGCCUACUCUCUGUCACUUACUUUUGUCUUUAGCUUUCAUGGAAAGAGCAGUUUGUUCCACUUCAGCAGCCUCCCCGGCCUGGAAGGGCCCCUCCCUGCCUCGUGGUCUUGGGGGGGGCGGCAUGUGCUCACCUGUCCUGACCCUUUGUGCUGUCUGGGGCCAAGCAACCAGGCUGGGCUGCGGAGUCAUUCAGUGCCAAAUAUGGAGCUGGGAGGGGCUCGUGACACCCCAGGACUUGAGGGUGUGGGCCGGGCGGGGUGCUGCAGCCAGCUCUGCUGAGCAGCCUGGUGGCCUCCAGCUGGCCCAGAGUCCAGUAGCUGGGGCAGGGCUGUGGCCGUGGAGAUGUUUGGGGCAGGAACCCCACUGCUUCAAGCCUUUGGUGCCAACACAACUGCCAAACCCACUGAGCAUGAGCGGCUGCAGGGGAGGCCAGCUGAACAUGGGCCGGGCUGGCCACACACGUGCACUUGCGCACGCGCACACACACACACGCAGCCGGCCCAGGCACAUCCGCACACUCAGGACCUGACCCAGUGACGGGUGCUGGGCCUCUGUACUGGGCUUCCAGUGGUUGUGGGCUGGGUGCCAGUGAGCGCUAGACCAAAGUGGCGAGAGCCAGGCUUCCAGAAGCUCCUGAGACAAUGCAUCGUCCUCGUCCUGGACACUGUGGGCAUUAAUGGGGCAUCUGCAUGCAGCUUGGGCCCCGCAGGCCCCUGAUCCCUUGGAGUGGGGUAGGGACAGGCGCCAGGAGCAGUUUUGUUUUCUCAGGAUUCUGUCAGCGGGACAGGCCAGGCGAGCAGAGGUGGCCCCUCCUGGGGGACCUAUGUUCCUGGAGCCUCUAAGCCAAAGAGCCUGGUGGCUGUGGCAGGUGGGGCCGGGGUUCCCACCUCCACCAGAGUGGUGUGGGCGCUGUGCACCUGCCUGGCAUCUGUGCAAGUGUCGAUUGUGGGAGGGUCCAACUGGGCGGAGGCCGUGGAGGGUGAUGCGGCUCCCUGUUUACAUUCAGCUGAUGUGACGUCCUGUGCACGGCCCUGUGCCACACCUGAUGUUUACGUGUGUGAGUGGCAGUGGGGUCCCCGCCCGGCCCCCACGCUGCGAGCCUGCUGUGUCACUUGGAGGAGGUGCUAGUCCGAGUCCCCCAACCCCCGCAUGCCCCAAAUAGCUGCCCACAGCCCGUCCCUGGAAACUGGUCACAGCAGCCAUGCUCCUUUGUCCACGCACCCUUCUCCAUUCGCACCCCCUCCCCCCACGUUCACUGUACAAUUUUUUUAUUCAUAAAUUUGUGUCCCCCCCUCCAGCCCGUGACCUGGGAUUCGUAACUUAUUUGGCUUCGUGGAGGCUCCUCUGUGUUUGUCCUCAGGUGGUCUGUGGGUGUCUUUCAGGAAAUGGUUAUUUUAUAUGAUUUCUCAUGGAAUUUGUUCUAAUAAAUCAUUCUAUCACGUGGCAACAUC